UACUCCCGCCAAAAUACAACAAACUUGUCCAAGUCAAUGUUCUCUCUGAAUCCUGCCCUGUAGGGAGAGGGAGAAAUGAGCAGAACUUGCAGGGAGAUUGAACGUAUGAUCUUGCGCCUCCUCCACGGCCACGAUACCCGGUCCCAACUCCGCCAAAUCCACGCCCAUUUCCUUCGCAAUGGCCUUCACCAACUCAACCAAAUCGUUGCUCAUUUCGUUUCUGUUUGUGGAUCUCAAAACAAAAUGGCCUAUGCACAUCGCCUCUUCUGCCAAUCACAACACCCCAAUAUAUUACUCUUUAAUUCCAUGAUCAAAGGGUACUCUCUUUGUGGACCCUUUGAAGAGUCUUUCAGUUUGUUUUCCUCUAUGAAAAAUCGACGCAUUUGGCCUGAUGAGUAUACUUUUGCGCCUCUGCUCAAGGCUUGUUCGAAUCUUUGCGACCUUAAACUUGGCCGGUGUGUUCAUAAGGACGUUAUAAUUGUUGGAUUUCACUGUUUUAGCUCGAUACGAAUUGGGGUUGUUGAGUUGUAUACAACUUGUGGGAUAAUGGAAGAUGCUGAGAAAGUGUUUGAUGAAAUGUGUGACAUGGAUAUCAUUGUUUGGAAUUUAAUGAUUCACGGCUACUGUAAGAGAGGAGAUUUUGAUAUGGGUCUGCAUUUGUUUAGGCAGAUGAGUGAACGGAGUAUUGUUUCUUGGAAUAUCAUGAUUUCUUGCUUGGCACAAAGUGGGCGGGAUAGUGAAGCUUUGGGACUUUUUCAUGAAAUGAAGGACCAGGGUUUCAACCCAGACGAGGCAACUUUGGUAAUAGUUUUGCCUAUCUGUGCUCGUUUGGGAGCUGUUGAAGUGGGGCAAUGGAUUCAGUCUUAUGCCGAGUCAAGUGGUUUUUAUCGAGAUUCUGUGUCUGUGGGCAAUGCAUUAGUGGAUUUUCACAGUAAAUGUGGUGUUCUGGAGACUGCUAAGAAAGUAUUUAAUGAGAUGCCUCAAAAGAGUGUGAUUUCUUGGAAUGCAAUGAUCUCAGCUAUGGCUUUUAAUGGGAAAGGUGAACUUGGGAUAGAAUUAUUUGAGGAGAUGACAAAGGCAGGCAUCUGCCCUAAUGAUGCGACCUUUGUAGGGGUUUUAUCAUCAUGUGCUCAUGCAGGGUUAGUAGAAAAGGGGAGGACUUUGUUUGCUUCAAUGACUUUAAAUCACCAAAUUGUUCCAAAACUUGAGCACUAUGGAUGCCUGGUUGAUCUCCUUGGGCGAAGUGGAUGUGUAAGGGAGGCUUAUGAUUUGAUUAGAAGCAUGCCUGAGAAGCCAAAUACUUCUUUAUGGGGUUCUUUACUCGGUGCUUGCCGUACUCAUGGUGACAUGGAGCUAGCGCAACUUGCAGUUGAAGAGCUUGUAAAUCUUGAACCAUGGAAUUCUGGUAAUUAUGUGUUGUUAUCAAAUAUAUAUGCAGAAGAAGAGAGAUGGGACAAAGUUGAGGAGGUAAGAACAAUGAUGAAGGAGAGGAGCGUCGAGAAAACACCGGGGCAGAGUUCAGUUGGAUAGUUUGCGAUGCUGAAUUGAUUUAAUACCUUACUGCUGGUUGGUUUUUGGGAUCUACUACGUUCUGUUCAUAGUGAAAAUCUCAAUUUCAAGAGCAAAGAUUCUGAUCUUACUUCUGCCAAAGUGAAAUAUAAUUCACAGCAGAGCAGGGCUCAGCAUUCUGAUUCGUCUCGUAAUUUUUAUGAUGUUGACCAUGUCAAUGCAAGUCAGAUGACAAGAAUGUAUUAAAUUAGGAGCCAAAGCCAGAAAUUAUAUUUCAGAUAUAAGUUAUCCCUCGAGUUGUCUGUCUUGCAGUGAAAUUCGUUUGAGAACAUGGAAUCAUUUGGAAAAUGAAAUACUUCGAACAUGGAAAAUAAAUGCUGUUGCCGUGAAUAUCCUGAUGAUAACAAAAUCCCAACAACAGUAGAGAAUGUCAAGAACAAGGGAAAUGAAUGUGGUGAAGGAGGUUACUAGAAAUGUAUAUUCGGGGCCAUGACAUGGUGACCUGAGUAGCAGCACGAUUUGGCUAUAGAAAUUAACUAGACUUAUGUCCGCGCAACGGUUUAAUAAUUUUUGAUAUGUUAUUUAAUUGAAUAAAAAUAUAGAUGUGCAGCUUUGUCAAUA